AUGCACAAGAUUUUGUCUGUCGUUUUUGGAUGUUUCCUAUUGUCUGCGACAUUGGCCGGUAACUAACUAACUCAAGUGUGAUUUUGAAAAAUAAGAAACUAUUUUUCAGAGGAAGAACUCUCAAUUGUCAUCAGUCCAAAUGCCAACCCCGUUCAAAAGCCCGUGGGUCAUCAAAUCUCCUUGGUCUGCUCGGUAAAGGGCAGUGGACUUGAGAAGCCAGGACUUAUUUGGAAGAAACACGGAGGAUUGGAUAGGUAAAUCAAAAUAGAAAGAAAGUAUAAAGUUACAAAUACAAAAUUAGAACAUUUUAGAACUGGAAAUGUGGAGAUAAAGAAGCUCGACGAUUACACUCUCGGCCUUAUCAUCCGAAACUCUAGCGUCGACGACAGCGGUGUUUACUACUGUCAGGCUCAGGUUGGAAGCAAAGUGUUCAUGAACAAGAUGGAUGUCAUAGUUUUCGGUAGCAGUAUUGUCUACUCGUCAUGUCAUAGUAACUAUUUGAUUUCAGAGGAUAUUGUCUUCCGUGAUAAACAACUUCACUUUGGUCAAAUUCUCGCCACCGCCUCGGUCAACAUUUCUUGUGAAGUGUCCGCCAAGAAGGACAGUGUUAUCACUUACUGGACUCGGCACGGAAAGCAGGUUCUGGAGGGUGAGAUAAACGAAAUCUUAUGGAGUUUCUGCAAUGUAAUGGGUUUUCAGGAGGGAAGUACAAGUUCUACAACGGAGGAUCGAUUCUGGAAAUUCAAAACUAUCAGCCGGAGCAGGACGCGGGGCAGUACAUUUGCGAGGUGAGUAGGCUGGGUGAAAAUCAGAUAAUAUCGCAAGCUCUAAUGCUAUGGGAUUCUUGAAUAAAAUCUUUCAAAAUCGUUCAGGUUUUCCACGUCAAUAGCGGUUCGUCGAAUUCCAAAACUGUGACCUUGGGUACAACUGGAGAGAAAAACUACGUGGCUUGUCAACAGAUGUGUAACAGCUUCUGCACCGAUGUGCACAACAAAAUGUUCAAUUGA